AUGGUUUUGGUAAAGUGGGUGGAAUGGAAGAAGGGAACAGAAGUUAAGGAGUUCAAGAAAGUGUUUCGGAUUCCAGAGAUGGUCAAGCUUGACAAGAUCAAAGCGAGGUUUAAUGAAGAAGAUGGGACUUUGACGGUUACAUUGCCAAAGAAAGUUAAGGGGAUCUUAGGGUUGAAGAUUGAGGAAGUAGAUGAGAUAACAGAGGAAAAAACAGAGCCGGAAGCAGAGAAAACAGAGGAAAUAACAGAGCCUGAAGAAGAAAUCAAAGAGGAGACGAAACCAGAGAUUAAUGAAGAAGAGCCAAAGAGGGAAGAGGAAGCAGAAGAGCCAGAGAGGGAAGAGGAAGAAGAAAAGAUCGAAGAAGAGAUCAUGGAGGAAGAAAUUGAAGAAAAGAUCGAAGAAGAGAGAUUCAAAAAGGAAAGUAUUGAGAUUGAGAUAAACAAAGAGGGAGAUAGGAUUACGAUAAGAGGAAGAAAACCUGUUGAAGAAAUGGUUAUGAUUAGAUGGAUGGCAUGGAAGAAAGAAGUGGAAUUAAGGGCAUUUAGGAAAGUUUUUCUGAUUCCUGAUAUUGUUGAUUUAGACAAGAUUAAAGCAAGAUUUGACGAUGAUGAUGCGACUCUUACGAUCACAAUGCCGAAGAGAGUAAGGGGAAUUUCUGGAUUCAAGAUUGAGGAAGAGGAGGAGGAAGAAGAAGAAAGUGUAGACUUUGGAGAUGUGAGUAAAGUUGAGAACAGCGAUAUACAAAAUGGAGAAGAAGUUGAAGAAAGGGAAAAAUGUGAUGAACGCUCUGAGAUUGAGAGAGAAGAAGAGUUUGGAGAGCUUAUGGAAGAUAAAGAAAGAGAGAGUCAAGUUUUGGGAGAGGAAGAAAAGGGUUUCAGUGGAGGUCUUGAUGAAGAAGACACUCAAAUUGAGGAUGAUAACUUGCAAAAGAUUCAGCAGACUGACGAACAUAACAAGAUUUUGGAAUUUGUAGAAGAAGAGAAAACAGGACAAAAGUUUGGAAAUGGUCAACAAGAGUUGGCUGAUUCAAAUACAGGGAGUGAGGACAGAAGCUUGAGAAAGCUUCCAGACACUGAAGAACAAGAAAAUAACCAAGAAGUGGUGGAGCAGCAAGAGUCACAAGUAGAGACUAAAACUGAUGAUUUUGGAUCUAGAGCAUUUGAAGAGAGUGAAGCACAAGAACCUGAUGAGCAGCUAGAUAGAACAAGAAAAAUAAGAGAAAUGGAAAAGAAAACGACUGAUGAUGAUAGUGGCUUGAGAAAUGUUCAAGGGAUUGAAGAACCAGAGAGAGGCAAUGAAGAAAACAAGAUUCAAGAAAUGGUUAAAGGGGAAACAGAUGAUCAUGAGAAGGACAAAUAUGAAAAUAUGAAGAGAGAAGGUAAAACGGGUGCUAAAGAAGAUGCUAAUGAGAAAAUGGGAGAAGGAUUCAUACAAAACAUUGAGAGAACUGAGACAAAAGCUGAGGAGUUUGAAUCAGAUGAGGGAGAUAAGAUACAUGAACUGGUCGAGAAGAAAGAAGAGGAAGAGGAAAAUGCUAAGGUGGGAAGUAAAAGUGAAUGCUUAAAAAAGAUUCAAGAGAAUGAAGAACAACAUUCUAAGGGAAAAAAGCGACAAGAGAAAACUCUAGAGGCAGAGAAAAAUAUAGGGAAUGACAUUCUAAAACCAGCUCAAGAGAUUGAAGUACCAGAGGUGGCUACGUUUGGUUAUGAAGGGGAAAAAGGAAAGGAGAAUAAGAAAAUUAUAAAGAGGGAUUUGAAUAAUGGAGAUGCCAAAGAAGAGGUUGAUGCAAAAUUGGGCGAAAAUUUCUCAUCAAACAUUUCAGAAACUGAGACAAGAGCCGAAGAGUUUGAAUCUGAUAAACUAAAAGCAGAUGAGAUAGACAAGAUACAAGACAAGAAAGAGGAGGAAGAGGAAAAUGCUAAGGCUGGAAGACAAAGUGAAGACGUUAGCUUAACAAAGCUUCAAGAAGAUACUGAGAAACAACAAUUUCAGCGACAAGUGCUACAUGAAAAACAAGAAGAGAUCAAAGAGCAGAGUCCAGAUGCAGAGACAAAUGAUACUCCAAAACUAUUUCAGGAGAGGUGUGAGGGAAGACACAAGAUUGAAGAAAUUUUCCAAGAGGCUAACAAGAAUCAGCCAGAAGAGUACACAGAGAAAACUAUGGAAACGGGGAAAAAGAUUAAUGAUGGUGGCGCAAGAAAGGUUCAAGAUAUUAUCAGACAACAAGAGUUGGAUAACCCAGCAGCAAGAUGCGAGGAAGAAAGCAAGACUCCAGAAUUGGGGAAGAGCAAAACAAAUGAUGUUGAGAGAAGAGAGAAAGAAAUUUCAGAAACAGAAACAGAGGAGCAAGAGUCAUAUAGACCAAAAAUUCUCAGGGAACGAGAAAAGAUCCAAGAAACAGCUGAGGAGGAGAAAAACUUUUCAAAAAAUGGAAAAGUUAAGGAGGUAAAAGAAAUUGCAGAGAAGAAAACAGAAUCUGGUGAUGAUGAUAUUUCGAAAAAAGUUCGAGAAUCAGAUGCCAAAGAAGAGGUUGAUUCAGAAAUGGGAGAAAGAUUCACAACACACAUUGCAGAAACUGAGACAAAAGCUGAGGAUAUUGAGUCUGAUCAGUUAGAUGAUGAUGUAGAUAAGAUCCAUGAAACGGUUGAGAAGAAAGAGGAAGAAAAGGACAAUGCUAAGGUGAUAAGACAAAGAGAAGACAGUAGCUUAGUAAAAAAAAUUCAAGAGACUGAAGAUCAACCGUUUCAUGGACACAAGCGACACAACAAACUAGGAAAUAUCAAAGAAGUGGUGGAAGAUCAAACUGCAGAGGCAGAUAGAAAUGAAGCGAAUGAAACUCCAAAACCAGUUCAAGAUAUUGAAGAACAAAAUGUGGAUACGUCAGAGACAUGUGAGGAGAAAGAGAUCUCAGAUACGGAAACAAAGGAGCAAGAUUCAUAUAGGCCAAAAAUACAAGACAAGAUCCAAGAACUUGCUGAGGAGAAGAAAAAAGUUGCAAGAAAUUUCAAGGAGGAAGAAGAAAUUGCAGGGAGAAAAACAGAAUUUGGUGAGGAUGAUGUGGAAAGAAAAGUUGGAGAUAUUGAUCAACGAGAUUCAGACGCAAUGAAAGGACAAGGAGAAACAUUAAGUGAUGGUGGCAAAGGAAUCAUCGCAGUGGCAGAGACAAUAGAUGAUAAUGAAGAUAGGUCAAAAAAAGUUCAAGAGAUUGAGGAAGAACAAUCAAAUGAAGAAGAAAUAUAUAGAAAACAAUUCCAGAAAGCAAGUGAUCAUGGAGAAGUUAAAGAUGUGGAGAACGAGAAGAAAAAAAUAGAGGAGGCAGAGAAAAGUAUCAUGGAUAGUGCGAGAAAAGCUCAAAAGAUUGAAAGAAGAGAUUCAGAUGUAUCUGUAAAAUAUGGUAAAGGAGACAAGAAUCAAGAACUACACGAACACAGAGAAACUUUUCGAAAUGAACAAGAAAAAGAGAAGAAGGACAAAACCGACGAUGAUGUUGUAAGAAAGGUUCAAGGUACCAAAGAACAGGGGUUACAUGAACCAAAAAGGGACCAUGUAAGCAAGAUUAAAGAAGUAGUAGAAGAGAAAAUCACUGAGUCGGAGAUAGAAGCUGAAUGUGGUGGAUUACGUAAGCUACACGUUAGUGAAAAACAGGAGUUGCAUGAACCAAAGACGAAACCAAGUGGUCAAGAAAAAGAGGAAGAGGAGAAGGAGAAAAUUGUAGCGUCUAAGAAAAUAACAGAGCAUGAUAACUCUACAGAUGUUCAAGAGAUGAAGGAAGAACGGCCUGACAAGCCAGAGAGCCAUGAGCAACGAUACAAAAUUCAAGAAGUGGAGGAAGCAGGACAUAUUGACCAUCAAGAAGAGCAACAUGAAGAAAACGUGAAUGUCAAGGCAAAACUGGAAACUGAGGAUAGCUCAAAAAAGGUUCAAGAUAUUCAAAAACAGGAACAUGAUUUGUUGAAGAGAUCUACGGUACAAGACAAGAUGCAAGAAACAGAGGAAAACGCUAAAGAUGGUAGCUUGAAAUGUUUUGGAGAUGAUGAAGAUAUAGAACUGAGUGAGCCUUAUAAGAGACAAGAAGAAGACAAGAUCCAAGAACCAGUGGAAAUGGGAACAGUUGAUUACAGAGAAGUAGUCAAGAAACAAGAUGGGGAUGAUGGAAUCUUAAGAAGCCAAGAAGAGGUUGAGAAACCGGAUUUGGAAGAAUUUGAAAGACUCGGCGAGAAAAGAAACAUUCCUCAAAUGGUGGAAGAAGAACAAAAAGUGGAGAACAGUGCUGAGCCAGGGGGAGAAGUGGAAGGUGAUCAUUCAGGCAAGUUUCAUGAGUUUGAAGAAGGAAAAUCAUAUGAUGAUUGGACACCAGAAAAGAGAAAAGAUUUAGUUACAGAGGAAGCGACUGAUCCCAAAGAUAGACACACUGGUGGAGAAGAAGAACAAGAAGAAAGGGUUAAGGAGAAUGAAAAACAGGAAUCUAUGGAACAUGAUAAGAUGCAAGAAACAGAGGAAAAUGACAAAACUAGAGCGAUGGAGGAGAAUGAGACUGUGGAGAGGAGGACAAAAGCUAAUGAUGGUAGCUUGAGAAAGGUUCGGGAAGGUGAUGAUCCAGAAAUGGGUAGAGAUAAGAGACAUGGGGAAGAAGAUAUAAGUGAUGACAGAGAAACAGUCAAGAGAAAACAUGAGGAUGAUAUCUUAAGAAGACAAGAGAGUGGGAAACUGGAUUUAGGUGAAGUUGAGAAACAUUGUAAGGAAAGAAAGAUUCAUCAAUCAGUGGAAGAUGAUAGAGGAGAAGGAAAAAUGGAGAAAGGUUCAGAGCCAGGUGGAGAAAUGGAAGGUCAUAGUUCAGGCAAGCUUCAUGAGUUUCGGAAACAGAAGUCAUAUGAAGAUAUUAAAGACUUGUUUAAAGAAGAAGUAACUGAUCCCAGAGAUAAACGCACAGGAGGAAAUAGAGAACAUGAAGAAGAAAGACAUGAGAAAGUUGCAGAGACUAAGAAAAAAGUUGAGGAUGUGAUCAACAAUAAGUUAGGGAAGAACAAAGAACUAAGAGAGGCUGCAAGUGAUGGCGAAAAAGAAGAAGAAAAUCUCGUCGAUGAAUAUACGACAGAGAUUCAAGAAACUGAAAAAGAAAAUUCACAUGAAUCGGAGAGGCACGAGAAACUAGACAUAGUCCAAGCUUUUGUGGAAGACGAAACAGAGGAUCAACAAGAUAAAAUGGCAGAGGAAGCUGCAGCUGUGGUGGCAAACAAUGAGAGAACAAGAAAUUUGCACUCGAUAAAAGAACAAGAACUAAAGGAAUCAGAAGAACACAAGGAACAAAAAGAUAUCCCCGAAACAAGUGUUUCUGAAGUGAAAGAAGAAGAAAACGAGAAAGAGACAAAAGACCAAGAAGGAAAUGUCCAAGAGCUUGAAGGAAAGACAGAGGAUUGCAAAGAUGGCGAUGAUGAAGGAAGGAGAGUAGAAAAAGGCAAACAAGGGAAAUAUGUUGAGACAGUGUCAAGUGAGAUUGAGAGAGAGAUUCAAAAGACGACAAUGCAAGAAAGCGAUGAAAAGAAAAAUCAAAUCGAAGAACUUGAGAGGAAAGAAACGACUCAAACGAGUAAUCAUGAGGAAACAAUGGUGGCUGAAGAUGAUGAUACUCUUAGUAAAGGCCGAGAGUUUUUGGAGAAGGAGUCACCAAAUACAUCAAAGAGACGACCAGUAGAACAAGAAAAAUUUCAAGAACUGAAGGAGUUGGAAAAAGGAGAAGAUGAAGAAAGAGCAGAGGUGGAGACAAAAAUCAACGAUGGUAAUUCUAGAAACUUUGAAAUGCUUGAACUGCAGGGGCUGGAUGAUGAAUCAGAAGAGACAAAGAUUGGGAAACCAGUGAAAGAAGAAGAGGAAACCAAUUCUCCUGGAAAAGAAAAAGAAGAAAAUGAGAAAAUUGCAGAAUUGGUGAUGCAAGAUAAGAUUGACAGCAGAACUAAGAACCAAGAGACUGAAGAACAAGAACCAUAUGAGCUUCUGAAAGAUGGAGAGCAUGACAAGUUUCCAAAAAAGGGAAGUGCGGUGAGAGAAAUAGAAGAGGUGAAGAGAACAGGUGAGGAUGUUAGCUCAAGAAAAUCUCAACAAAUUGAAAAUGAAUUAGAGAAACCUCAAAAACCAAGUGAGAUCCCAGAGAAGCACAAUAUCCAAGAAACAGUGGAAGAAAAAAUGAAUGAAGGAGGAGACUAUAGUGCAGUGCUAAGGGAAAAGUCUAUGGCUUCAAGCCAGUCUCAAGAUGUUGAGGAGAAGGGAUCAGAUCAGCCAAAGAAAUAUGCAGAACAAGAAAAACUCGAAGAACUAUUAUUGACUGGGGAUCAAGGGAAAGAAGAAUACGAUACAAGAGAAAAAGGAGAGAAGAUGGAGAAGGCAAAGAGACUUCCACAGGUGGAGUCUAAAGCUAAUGAUGAGACCUUAAAAAAGAAUGAAACUCAAGGACACGAAUCUACGGGUUUGAGAGGGGAAAAGGCAAAAGAAACAAGUGAUCAGAGCAAAGAAGAGGAGGUUGUUGGGAAAGCAGAGAGAUUAGAUGAAUAUGACAGCUCAAGGAAGAUUCAAGAACGUGAAGAAAGAAACUCGGUUAAUCUAAAAAGACAUGAGAUGAUUGAAAAACUUGCAGAAGAAGAAACAAGCGAUGAUAAAGAAGCAAAAGAAGGAAACAGAGCAGAGGUAAGAGAGAUUGAAAACCAAGACUUAGCGAUAGAAGUGAGACAGAGAGAACAAGACAAGAAGCAAUCACUUGAGGAAAAGGACACAAGUGGUAAAGAAAAUGAGAACCAAGACAAGAGGAAACAAGAAGAGCAUGGUAAGGAAAAUGCAGAGGAAAAGUUGCCAGGAAAUUUGAAGGAGAUUGAAGAAUUGGUGGAAAAGAAAAUAAAAAACCAAGAAGAAGAAGACAAGAAGAGCAUGAUUACGGAGGUCUUGGCAAAAUCUGAAGAACAUGAAUCAAAAGGACCUGAAGGACAAGACGAGAGCAGGGAACAAAGAUUAAGAGAUAAACUUAAAGAUGAAGAAAGUGAAAAGAUAGAAACAAAAGUCAGGGAUAAUGAAUCAAGAAAGAUUCAUCAGAACAAAGAAGAAGAAACAAGAGAACAAGAGAGACGUAAAGAACAAGGAACGAUCAAAGAAUUGGCGGAAGACAGAACACGCUGUUACAGAGAAACUGAAUUUGAAGAUGGUAGCUCUAACAAUAUUCCAGAGACAGACAAAGAAGAAUCAACCAAACCAGGAAGAGAUGACAAACGAGAAAAGAUCCAAGAACCGGAUGAUAAGGAAACAAGUGAAGAUGACGAAGAAGAGUUAGAAAUUGAAUAUGAAGAAUCAGAAGAAGAGUGGGAAGCUGAAGUAAUUCAAGAGAUGGAUUCAGAUGAAGAUAAUGAUGAAAUUAGACAAAUAAGAAGAAUCAAGCUAGGAUUCCGCUUAGUCGGAGGUUCAACAUUGUUUAUGUCACUUAUAGUCAUAGUCAUUAGUUUCAUUCGUUCCAAGAGAAAAAUAAGAUGUUACAGGUACUAA